UUCACUCUUACGUGGAAUCUUCAUAUCGACAGAGGCUUCUCUCUCUCUCUCUCUCACUUCAUUCACUCCCUCCUCCUGCGUGUUCUGAACGAAUAGGCUUUACAGCUCUUUUGGUCAUAAUAAGAGCACUUUAAAACCUCCAUUGGACUAUAACAAACACAGAAACCUGCUAGCUGCACAAUCCUCCAUUAUCUCUCCCUUUCUUUCCUCUUUCAUACCAACCAAAAAGAAAAAGCAAGAUCUCACUCAGAAAUAUAGCUCCUUCUUCCCAUUCCACUUCUGCUAUACCUUCCAAACUCCUCAUCAACUCAACUCACCUAUUCAAAUUCUUUUCUUUUAAUUUCUUUUUUUAUUUAUAAAAUAUAUUCUUCCAAUUAUGGACUUUGGAGGGAACAUGUUCUGUCUUAACGGUAACAGUAACGGUUUUGCUUGGGGGGACAAUUCAUGGGAAACCGCCACUACUUGCAACAACAGUUCAAGGCUAUUCCACAACACUGGGGAGAGCUCCACCGUUAACCUCCAUCAAGCUGACGGUGGUUUACGGCAGCAGCAGUUUCCCUACGGCGGAGAUGGGUCCCACUCCCAUGUGUACGCGGACCCGCAUCUCACUUGCUUGAAGCUUGGGAAGAGGCAAUACUUUGAGGAUGCGAGUGGUGGUGGUGGAGAUAAGAGGGGCAGAGGGUGCAACGGUGGUGGUGGGGUGAAGGCGGCGGCGAGGUGUCAGGUGGAGGGGUGCCACGUGGCGCUGGUGAACGCGAAGGAGUACCACAGGAGGCACAAGGUUUGUGAGAUACAUUCCAAGGCACCAAAAGUUGUGGUGAUGGGGAUGGAGCAGAGGUUCUGUCAGCAGUGUAGCAGGUUUCACGUGGUGUCAGAAUUUGAUGAUUCAAAGAGGAGUUGUAGGAGGAGACUGGCAGGUCACAAUGAGCGAAGAAGAAAGAGCUCACAUGAUUCUGUUGCAAGGAAUUCUCCACAAGGAGAAUGUGCUCUCUCUCUUCUGUCAACUAAGAGAGAUUCUUGGCUUUCCCCUGCUGAUCUCCCCACAAGAUGCAGUGCUGCAUUACGUGAAUUGAUCGCUGAAAACCGGGCAGCCAGCAUGGCUAGGCAGUUUGUUUCAGACAGGGACUGGAAUCUGCACCAUCAUGCAGUGGAAGACUUCAGGGAAAUCCAACCUGAGUCCAAUUAUUUCCCACACCAGAUGUUUCCUCAAACACAGUAAUGGAGGUGCUUGGCCUAAAGUUUAGGGGAACAAUAAUGCAUAAAGGGAGGUCUCUUUUCUAAAGUUUUCAAUUCUUUAUUUUGCUAAGAAAUAGCAAUGUUGAACUUUUUUCUAGGGCCAUGAUGCUAGCUAGACUAGUUAGGGUAAUAAAUUGUAGGAUUGUAUUUGCUUCUCUAAUCAUUGCUAAAUAUUUGCAAGGUUAUAUUUUUAAUAAAUUGAG